AGCCCGAAGCAGUCACGCCUGCGAGGCCAGGGAGGGAUCUGCUGGGUUCCAAAAGGCAUCAGCGGCCGGGCAGUCAUGGGGGACCUUCUGGAGCAGUUCUUUAUUUUUGUAGGGCUGCUGGUGUGUCUUGUCCACCUGGUGAAGUGUGUGAGAUUCUCUAGAUGUGUUUUCCUGCACUUCUGGAAGGUUUUGCCAACGUCUUUCUUGAAGUCCAUGGGACAGUGGGCAGUGAUCACCGGAGCUGGAGAUGGGAUUGGGAAAGCUUAUUCCUUCGAGCUGGCAAGGCAAGGGAUCAACGUGGUGCUCAUCAGUCGGACACUGGAAAAACUUCAGGCCGUGGCCGCGGAGAUCGAGUGUUCUACAGGGAGUAGUGUGAAGAUCAUACAAGCAGAUUUUACCAAAGGCGACAUCUAUGGGCACAUUAAAGAAAAACUUGAAGGCUUAGAAAUCGGAAUUUUAGUCAACAAUGUCGGAAUGCUUCCAAAUUUUCUGCCGAGCUGCUUCCUUAAUACAUCAGAGGAAAUCCAGAGCCUCAUCCAUUGUAACAUCACCGCAGGAGUGAAGAUGACACAGCUCAUCCUGAAGCACAUGGAAUCAAGGCGGAAAGGGCUCAUCUUGAACAUUUCCUCGGGAGUGGCCCUCUUUCCCUGGCCUCAAUACUCCUUGUAUUCAGCUUCCAAGGCAUUUGUGCGCACAUUUUCCAAGGCACUGCAAGCGGAAUAUAAAGCGAAAGGCAUCAUUAUCCAGGUGCUGACCCCCUAUGCUGUUUCUACCCCGAUGACGAAGCACCUAAAGACCAACGUGGUAACCAAGACCGCCGAUGAGUUUGUUAAAGAAUCACUGACUUAUGUCACCACUGGAGAUGAGAUCUGUGGCUGCCUCGCCCACGAAUUCCUGGCGAGUGUCCUGAACCUGAUCCCAUCAUGGGCCAUCUACAGCAGCACAUUCCAGAAGAUAGUCCUGACUCACUUUGCGGACUACCUCAGGCAGAAUACCAAUGCCAAACAGAUGGCAGAUGUGCCGGCUGCAGAAGACCAGGGGACAGACCAGCACCUGUCACCCGCCUGAAGCGGGUGGGGCUCUGUCACAGGCACAGUGCCUCAGAUACAACAUUUUUCCCAUUUUCCUAGAGUCUGGAAAUCUCUGAGAAAGUUGUGGUAUAAAAACAUGUGUUGUUUAGGGUUUUGUGUGUGAGAGGGUAACUGUGUCUAUAGGUAAAAUGAAGAAUUUCUAUAUGGGGUUGUAAUAUAAGUGUGCUGAGAAGACAGCCUCUGAUCCUCAAAUAUCUAGAAUAAUUAUACGUAGUAAGCUACUUCUAUCGCUAUGUUAAAGAGUAUCUGAAGUUACUAAACUUUAUCAAGACUGCUGGAGUCUUAGAGCACUUGCAAGUUCUCAAACUGGGUUCCUCAGAGACCCAGGACACUGUCCAAGGGAAGCCUGGAGCAGCAGCCACCUCAGGCUGCUCCAUUUAAUCCAGCACCAGCCUCAGCUUCAACUAAUACACCACCAACUUUAUCUAUUUUGUUUAUAAUUGGGGUUCUAUGUUUAUAAAAAUAAAAAGCAGAAGAAGAUAUGUUGACAACAAUAAUUUAAAAACCAUUGCUGCAGAGUGGGAGUUGAUAACUGUAGGAAUGAGGUCUUUGCAGGUCACUAGCUCUUGGGGUUGAGGUGGGGGCUUUAGCUGUCCACACACAGUCAGCGGAGUCUUGGGGAACUAGCAACCUUCACCUCUUGAGGGCUUUUGAGGCGGAGCCUGAGAGCUGGUGACCCCCGUUUUGGCUGGCAUUUGUCAAGAGUGCUUCUCCAAGAUGUCACCGUGCUCUAGGCACUGCCAGUAAUUGGUGUGGCUGCACCAGUCACAGAAGGGGUCUGGGAGGUCUGGAUGUGUUUAUGGGACAUUUUGGUGUGUUUUGGGGAGGCACAGGUUAGGAUAUUUCAAAGCUUGGUAAGCUCGGAACAUGUGGACUGUAAUAUCGUAGCUCUGAGGAUAGGACUGGGAAAAGUUAUUCAUUCUAAGGUACAGAUACUUACAUUUUCUCAGUUAUGGGUAACAAUAAUAACUGUAAUAUAGAACAUUUUAAUGGUACCCAGAUGCACUGGUCAUUUACCUGCUGUCCUUCAGUCCUGAGCCCUAUCCUUUAUCCUCUGAUCUAUGAUCCUGGGCUGGGAAACUUCAGACCCAGCUCCUGAAACACUCAGUCAGCUGGCUUUGUGAUAAAGUCAGCCAGUGGAGGUGCAUUUGGGAGCAAGAGUGAACUAGAUGUGUAAGAAGCACGGCUCAGAGGAGCUGUGACCUUUGGCUGAGAGAUGUCACCACCCCAAAGAGUGGGAGAGGGGAAUUGGGAUAAUUGUGAUUUGUAAUAAGCCAUAUACACUUCAUCUUCA